AUGGAAACAUCACCAAUGCAGAUCAAGUCCGGUAGGUCACCUCCCUCUGCUCAGUCCCAAGUAUUGUACAUCGCUCGCACCCUCUGGCCCACCGAAGCCAGAGCAUCGCAUCUAGGAGGCAAGAGCCCCAACAACGGUGCUCCACCAUUCGACGGAGAUAGCGGUGCGCCUGCGAUCCGUCUGGAGGAUUACACAUCAUCGGGAGCACCGUUUCCUCCUAGCCAAGACUCGCCGGCCUUGCUGCCCUAUUCAUAUAACGCGGCGUCGCCCUCCUAUCCCCGAGACGCAGCUUUUAUGCCGGGCACCGCUUCAGAAUCGCACAUCCACCCCGAUCUCAGGGCCCUCGGCGACGCGCCUGCAGCAGACAUGAUGCAAACAAGCGUGCCCCCGCCGCCUGCGCCGGAACCCGUCGGCCCAAUGGCUCCUCCAGCUGCACCUACGUCUGUGCCGCCCGCAGGCCCAGCCGCCGCUGCAGGAAGUGUGUCCCCGGAUGGUCGCAAGGCCAAGCGCGAGCUGUCCCAGUCCAAACGAGCGGCGCAAAACAGAGCCGCGCAGCGUGCCUUCCGUCAGAGGAAAGAGGGUUACAUCAAAAAGCUGGAGCAACAGGUGCGCGACUACAACGACAUGGACAACCAAUUGAAGCUCGCUCAGCAAGACAACUACCUCCUGAGAGACUACGUGAUCUCCCUCCAGUCGAGGCUGAUAGACGCCAAGAUUGAGGUUCCGUCGCCCCCGCCGAAUCUGUCCCUUGUUCACCCUCAUUCCGCUCCCCCACCGCCGCCGAUACAACCGAUUGCACCGCCAGAAGCAGGCCCGUCUCACCCGGCCAUUUCAAACCCCCUGGCGCAGGUGGCGCAGGCCGUCGCCAACCUGGGACAACGUGGCGACCAUGUCCCGGCGGGUGCGUAUACCAGCAAGGAAUUCAAAGCCGACGGUGCGGGCGAGGAGAGGGGCACGGAAGACAUGACGAGACAGUUGCAGCCGGAAGGACUGCCCGCAGCAUCUAUGUAG